AUGACAAGUCCUCUACCAAAGGCUGCUCUCGAGGCUCACGACGGCUCCAGCGCCACUGGAACUAAUGUCGAUUCUAACCCAGAGACUUUAGGAGAGCUGAUGUCUGAAAAUGAUGACUUCUUGGAGGGAGACAUGCUUUUGUCAUUUGACCGCAAUGCUGUGGAACGCAAGUGGCCAUCGGUCAACAUACCGUACUUGAUCAGCCCUGCUUUAAAGAGUCGUACAGGUGACAUCUUGUGGGCGAUGGCCAUGGUGUCGGGGGACACCUGCGUGACCUUCCACGUUCGUAACGAUGAGGCAGACUACCUGUACUUCACGAGUGGCAAAGGUUGUGCGUCAUACGUUGGCUUCAUGGGUGGUGAGCAACCUGUAUUCGUUGCGUCCUCAUGUCUCGCGGGCAACAUCGCCCACGAGAUUCUCCACGCGCUCGGCUUCUUUCACGAACACACGAGAAUGGACCGUGACAAAUACAUCACAAUUCUCCAACAAAACAUCUUAAAAGGAAAGGAAGAAAACUUCCAGAUACGAAAUGGCCAAACAUUUAACCUUGAGUAUGACGUUUCUUCCAUCCUACACUAUGGAAGAAACUUUUUCUCAGGAAACGGCCUGCCCACCAUCAUACCCAAAUUCAUGACUGGCAACAUUGGCCAGAGGAAGGCACUGACGAAACUCGACACUGCCAAAGUUAACAGCCUUUACAAAUGUGGUACGUAG